AUAGCCAACGUAUACCUCGUGUCCACGUGACUUUGGUGAUGUGGACACGAGGCAAAAACUAGUGAAGAAAGGCCAUUCUUGAAAUACCAGUUCCUCCUUUACAUUGACAGUAUAAACAUUGAUUUUUAAAUCAACAGUACUGUGAAAUAAAUUAUUUCUUUCAUUCUUUACCUAGAUUGAUCAAUAACAGAUUACUCUCAUGGAAAGCACAACACCAGCAACUUCAUCCACCAAAGAGACGACCAACUACGCAUGCUUGUGUCGUCUUCUGAUUGAUGUUGGUAACCAGGCCCUCAGGGACACACUUGAUGCCAUUCACGCGCCAGCAAAUCUUCACGCAGUUUUGGCGGCAAAUAAACCCACUUUACAGGGUCUCAGAUCGAGAAGAAUUAUCAGUGCCACGCAAUGGGGCAAGCUCUUUCCUGUCAUUCAUUUGGCAGUGUCCUCGAAAGAUUUUGACAUCACUCUUUUGAUGGUUCUGCUGCGAAAUUUGUGCGGUUUGCCAUCUCCAAUAACCGGAUGGGACACACUUCCCGCUGCAACGGACAUGACUCGUGAGGCGGAUAUUGCUCGUAUUAAGUACUUUAGAAACAUUGUGUACGCGCAUGCCGAACAAGCUUCGGUUGAUGACACAACGUUUAACGCGUACUGGCAAGACAUCCGGGACACUCUGGUGAGACUGGGAGGUGAUAGGUACAGGGCACCUAUUGACAAUCUGGAAACUGAGUGCAUGGACCCUGAAAUUGAAGAUCACUACAAACAACUUCUCAGUGAAUGGAAAAAGGACGAGGACAACAUCAAAGAUGAGCUGAAAGAGAUUGGAACCACGAUGAAAGAUGUCAUGAAAAAACUUGAUGAUUUAACAGCAGCAACUGUGACGGCUAACCGAAAGGAAUCGAGUGAUGAAGGUGAGCUUUAAUAACUCUUAUAUGUUUUCGAGGUUACCUAUAUCAAUAACGUUCGUCAACUCCAUCGUACUUCAGACAGAGAGGUUGAGUACUCCCAGGAAGGGGAUAUACUCUGUAAUGUAAGUUAUCUAGGUAUAUAUAGUCUAAGAGAAUGAUUAUUGAGAUGGUUUGGUCUGAAAUUGGGCAUAGCUUCAA